AUGAGCAUGAGAGAACUAAUUCUGACCCACACCAGCUACAGCACACAAGAGAGCAGACCCUGCACCCCACUUGGGCAGCACAAUAGAGCUGACCCUGUUGUCAGGGCCCAGGUGAACAAGGGUGAGGGUAUGAGAGCAGAGGAGCUGACCUUCCUCCACCAUAUCCCCUCUAUAGCAAUCAGAAGAGAGAGCCUUACACCUUGUCUGGAUGAAGUAGUAGAGCUGUACCUGGCAAUGAUUCAGUGGUCCCAAUUUAAAGGUUAUUUUAUUUUCAAACUGGAGAAAGUGAUGGAUGAUUUCAGAACUUCAGCUCCUGAACCAAGAGGUCCUCCCAAUCCUAAUGUUGAAUAUAUUCCCUUUGAUGAAAUGAAGGAAAGAAUACUGAAAAUUGUCACUGGAUUUAAUGGUAUCCCUUUUACUAUUCAGCGACUAUGUGAAUUGCUAACAGAUCCAAGAAGAAAUUAUACAGGAACAGACAAGUUUCUCCGAGGAGUAGAAAAGAAUGUGAUGGUUGUUAGCUGUGUGUGUCCUUCUUCAGAGAAGAACAGUUCUAAUAGUUUAAACCGAAUGAAUGGUGUUAUGUUUCCUGGAAACUCACCAAACUAUACUGACAGGUCUAAUAUAAAUGGGCCUGGAACACCCAGGCCACUUAAUCGACCAAAGCUUUCUUUGUCAGCCUCCUUGACAACAAAUGGUUUGCCUGAGAGCACAGAUAGCAAAGAGUCAGACCUACAGCCAAGUGAAGAGAAAGUCCACAGCAGUGAUUCUCCAGGAUCCGAAUCCGAGGUUUCCUCACUGAGCCCUGUUAAAAAUAAACAUCCAGAUGAAGAUGCUGUGGAGGCCGAGGAGCAUGAGGUGAAAAGACUGCGGUUUGACAAGGAAGGUGAAGUCCGAGAGACAGCCAGCCAGACGGUGUGCAGUGACGGCUCGGGCAGAGCACAGGAAGCCGAAGCAGCGUCGUCCCCUCCGGAGCAGGACAGGGAGAGUCGCAGCAGGCGGCACUGCACAGAAGAGGAGGAAGAGGAGGAGGACGAGGAGGAAGAGGAGGAGGAAGAAUCUUUUAUGACACCAAGAGAAAUUGUCCCAGAAAGGAAAAAUCAAGAAAAAGAAUCUGAAGACACCUUAGCUGUGAAUGAAGAGCCUUCAGAGGAGGGUACUCACAUGGAGGACUCGGACCGGUCUCCAGCUCAGAGAGAUCCUCCCCCAGAAAGGAGGGACAGCGCAGGGGCUGUGAGGAGUGGUUCUGACUGCCUGGAGACAGAAGAGCCGGGAGGGCCCAGGAAAGCUGGAGAAGGUGUCUCGGGGUCACCCAUGGAGAACGACGAUGAUGAAACCACAGACGUCACAGACGAACCCAUGGAGCAAGACUUAACGACUUAGAAACACUUAGAGGCAGUAUUUUACAUACAGUUCUGGUUUUACACUGUAUCAACCUUUUAAGUAAUAAAGUGGACCUUUAGUUUUACAAGAGAAACAGGCUGUAAAAUAAAGAACCUUAAGAAUAAACCCUGAAAGAGUUGUACGGGGAAGAGCUGUGAAUACCGGCUCCUCUAGGUCCCGCUUAUUGCUGAUUUUCUUGUUUUGUUUGGUUUUUGCUUUUUUUUUUUUUUUUUUUCCUCUCUUUCUUUUUUGGUGUACUCAAAUCAGUGGUUUGUGUAUAGAUUUUUUUUUUUUAACUUAGAAUUAAAGUUUUUAAACUGGAAGAUAAUUAUAAUUUUGAAAACUUUUUAAAGAUGAUCACAUUUGGUUUAUACAUACACAAGGAAGAUUUUUGUCUUGUCUCUAGUGGUUUCCAUAUUUCAGUCAUAGUUUGAACAUGUUAACAUGUGAAUUAUAGGGUUUCAUGUGGUUUCAGAUUCUAUUGUUCAACUGUACAAUGGAACUUUAAGUCAUAUAUACAUAUAUAGAUUAUUCUAAGGGGGAAUGUUAUAUUUUUCUGUUUCUAUAAGAGAUGAAUACAGUGAAUACUUUUUUAUUGGUAAUGACUGAGUUCACUUCUUUCAGAAGACAUUUUCUUUCUCUUCUGAGUAAUUGAGAUAAAAUCUGGCCCCUGUAAAACCCUGGCAAUCUUUAAGUCUGUUGAAAUACCAGGAUAAACACAUUCCAAGAGAUCUGUGCAAACUAAAAUUUUUUUGUAUACUUCUAAGGUGCCUGAGGAAAAAAAAAAGACUUCAUUAUUUAUGAGAAAAUGUGCUUAAUGUUGGGAGUUGCGUAGGAGCAUCAACUCACUGUUUGGUAGAAUGAGUUCUUAGGAGCCUGACAGGAAACCAUCUCAGAAGAGCCCGCAGGUCCCGUUUCACUUGCUUUUCUGAACAUUGUGACAUUACACCUUUAUUUCUAAAUUAUUCUGUGUGCACAUGGCACUGCUGUGGAACAGCACUGUACUGGAAGAAUUAGGAGGUCCUUCAGUAUGUACCUGAGCUAAAAUGACUAGAGUUCUAGGGUACACAGAAACCACCAUGAUUUGUAGAACAUUUUGAAGUGAAUUAAUAUUUUUGAACAUGCUUCUUCGACAGCCAGUGUUAUAUUUUUCAGAUCAACACAAAGCACAAAGUUACUACUCUAAACUCAAUAUUUUCAAAUUCACAUAUUUAAAGUCAUGCAAGCUGCAACUUCCCUGUCAAAAUUACUGGCUGCCAAAUUUAUACCUGUUUCUUCAGCUGUACCUUUUGAUAUUUAGAAUUUUUAAAUUUCUGUAAAGUAGAUUUUGUAGACUGUAAUGUGUUCACUGCCUUUGUGAAGCGGUAUAAUUGUAUAAUUUCGUGUGUAAACUGAAUGCUUGGGCUUUCAAUACAGUAUUCAUAUAAAGCAAUAAAUAUUAAUGUUAUGAAAUAUUUGAGUACAUUUUUAUCAAAAUACAAAAGAAUGCCUUUUUUAGUUUCAGACACCUGAGGUACACAGAUGGACUUGUAGUAGCUGAUGCAAACAGUUUCUCACACUGUAUCCUAAGCUUUGGGGGAUUUGGAGGGAAGCCACAAGUUUGCAUUUUGACUACUUAGACAUGACUAUGACUAAAAAUAACAAGAUAUUUGGCUCCGUUUGUUCAUAGAGUAAUAUACUACUGACUGACGACCUUCAGGUUCACAGCAGCUAGAUAUAGUUAGGAAUCUGUCUAAUAAAAUUGAGUGUUGAUUUACUGCACCCAAGAGGGGUGAAAAUCAAAUGUAAUUUUUAAAACAUUUUGGCAAAAAUGUUAAAAAAUGAAGCGAAUUUUGAAUGUGACAUUCAUGUGUAGUGACCUGUUACUCUAUUUUGUUGAGGGAUUGCCAGUGAGAGCAGAUUUUAACCAUUUUAGGUUUAGAAACUUUGAGAUUUUCCCUUAGGGUAUUUAUGAGAUUGUUGUCAAUAAACCUGUUCUCUAAGCUCCUUUGA